AUGGCUACAGACUCCGAUCCAGCAACGAAGUUCGAUGAGAAGCACAAUAACGAUUUCGAGCACAGCUCGCGCAUGACACCGGAAGAGCACCAUCUUGAAGCAACGCCUUCGCUCCUCGAAGAUGAAAAGGAGACGAAACGCAUCAUUCGGCGAGCCGACCUCCGCCUGUUGCCCAUUCUCGCCGCUCUGUACUCUUUCGCUUUGAUCGACCGCACGAAUCUUGCAAACGCCAGAGUAGCGGGAGCUGAUGAAGAUCUUGGGUUGUCGGUAGGCGAAAGAUACUCGCUGGUCACGAUGAUGUUCUUCAUCCCGUACGUGCUCCUCGAGCUCCCUUCCAAUAUCGUACUGAGGAAAGUCGGGCCCGGAAUCUGGCUACCCUUGCUGGUGGGUGCCUUCGGAGUUGUCAGCAUGUGCUGUGGCUUUACGCACACCUGGACUGAACUACUCGGAUGUCGUGUCGUCCUAGGUGCCCUGGAGGCUGGAUUCUACCCUGGUUGUGUUUACCUCUUAUCUUGCUGGUACGUUCGAUUCGAGAUUCAGAAGCGAUUCUCUAUAUUCUUUCUGCUCGCGACCCUGGCUUCUGGUCUUGCCAAUGUUCUCGGCUAUGGGCUGUCGCAGAUGGACGGCAUUGGCGGACUACGAGGUUGGAGAUGGAUCUUCAUUAUCGAAGGCCUCGCGACUGUCUUCUUUGCUGCUUUGGGGUUCCUCAUCAUAGUGCCUUUCCCAGACCAAGCUACAAAGCCGAGUCUCAUCACCCGCAAGCCCUUUUUGACGAAGGAAGAGGCAGCCAUUGUUGUUGCACGUAUUGAGAGAGACAGGGGCGAUGUUGCUGAAGACAAGAUGAGCCUCAAGACAGUGCUGCGAUGCUGUGCUGAUUGGAAGGUCCUGGAGUGGGCCUGGCUAUACCUCAUCGCAGCAACCGUCUCUUACUCCUUCAGCCUGUUCUUGCCAAUCAUCCUGGAAGACGACCUUGGAUAUUCUACAGCUUUGGCUCAGAUUUUGAGCUUCCCGCCAUACGCUGUGGCAGCUCCAUGGAUGUUCAUCACUGCGUGGAUUGGCGAUCGCUACCGCAAGCGUGGAGCGCUCAUCAUCUUCAACUGUACUGCGGCUCUCGUUGGACUCUGCUUGAUUGGCUUCGCCACAACCAGCCCGAAGGCUCGCUAUGCCGGGUGCUUCUUAGGUGUCGCCGGAGGCAAUAGCAAUGUCCCAACCAUUCUCACCUACAUGCAUAACAAUAUUGUCGGACAAUCUAAACGAUCUGUGGCAAGCGCUGUUCUGGUUGGAGCCAGUGGAAUAUCGGGAAUCAUCGCAGCCAACAUAUUUCGACAACAAGACGCGCCUGGAUACAAGCCUGCGAUCAUCACCGUAAUCGUGCUUAAUGGCUUGAGCGUCCUGCACGUCGUCAAGAACUUCUACGUGUAUUCACGUAUGAACCGGAAAGCCGAUCGCGGAGAGCUCCUUAUUGAAGGGCAGCCAGGCUUCCGACUGACGUUGUAG